AAACACAACCAAACUCGGAGGCGUGAAAAAAGCGUUUUAUCGCGAAAAGGCAGUAUCAACACCAAUUCGCAUGGAUUCGCAAUGCCAACCAUUCUUGAUCUGGACAGCCAGAGGCGAGAAGUAGUUCUUGAUAGCAGCAGCUUUUCCAGUUCACCAUCGCCUCUCUCCAACUCCUCCACAAGUGACGGCAGCGAGGCAACGUAUUAUAAUCCGGGAAGCAGCCUUGGACAAUUAUCAUAUGAUAUGAAUCAAAUGCUGCAACUUCAGAACGCCCAGAAGCCUCAUCUGAAGAUUGUCCAUCAACCGAUGGACAAGUUCCGCUUCAGGUAUAAGUCAGAGAUGCACGGUAGUCAUGGAUCCCUCAUGGCAGCCACAAAUGACAAGUCCAAGAAGCUCUACCCGACUGUCCAGCUCUGUGGAUUUCGCGGUGAAGCCAUAAUUCGCUGCUCUCUGUACCAGACCGAUUCCGACCGGCCCAUGCCUCAUUCCCAUAAGCUAGUAGUUCGCAAUGGCGACGAAGAUCGUGAAGAUCCUCACGAUGUCAUCGUGUCCACAAGCACGGGAUUUCAUGCAGAGUUUCGCGGCAUGGGCAUCAUCCACACGGCAAAGAAGUAUAUCGCGGAGGAGCUCUUUAAGAAGCUAAAGACCUGCAAAGAGGCAGAGAGAGGAGCAGACUUGACGUUCCGUGAUGAGGAGAGAUUGAAGGACACCGCCACCAGGGAGGAGAAGAACAUGAACCUGAACCAGGUCUGUCUGUGCUUCCAGGCUUUUGUGAAGGACGACACGGGACAGCUGAAGACGCUCUGCGAGCCAGUCUUUUCGGCAACAAUCAACAACAUGAAGAGCGCCCAGACUGGUGAGCUGAAGAUAGUAAGAAUGAGUAGUGCCGCCAGCAGCGUGAACGGAGGUGAUGAGGUGUUCCUCUUUGUGGAGAAAGUUAACCGGAAGAAUAUCAAGGUGCGAUUCUUCGAAGAAGACGAGAGUGGACAAUGCAUUUGGAGUGCAUAUGGAAAUUUCACUGAAAUAGAUGUCCAUCACCAGUAUGGGAUCGUAUUGACCACACCGGAAUAUCACAAGAAGGAUAUUAGGACUCAAAAGGAUGUUAAGAUUCAACUUGAGCGUCCCAGUGAUGGCGACAGGAGUGAUUCUCUCCCCUUUACCUAUACACCGUGCCUCGAUAUCAUGGCGCCCAGGAAACGUCCGCGACCCAACGACAGCUUCAAUUCCACAGACAUCCCAAUGACUGUGAACCAGCUGGAGCAAAUGCCCAGGAUCAGCGUGGAAUACAAUAUUGAUGAGACCCUUAAUCAGCUGCUGAACGACGCUGAUAAUGAUCCUAUCCUGCAAGAGCUGUCCAUCUCAGCGGACUUCGCCAAACAUUUCGAGAGAAAUUCUGACGAAUAUAAGAUUAUGUAUACUGAUAUCAGUAUGCUAGACUGCGCGGGACCUUCAAAUGCAGCUCUUCUCUGCAAAGAUUCGCAAACGCCUCCAAAAGGUCAUUUGAUAACGCAGGGAGGAUGGAAGGAAGAAUCUUAUCCUCCCCGUGUCAAUCGGAAUAAUGAAGCAACUUAUGAGAAGAUUUUAUCCCUAACUCGCAUGUACGGUUCUUCGGCGCCUUUCAAAAUGGAGCAGAUUCUUCAUCAACUCCUUACAGAGCCCAAGAAGACUGGAGAAGGAGAAGAUUUGCUGCACUGGGCCAUAAAACAGAAUGGAGGCAAAGUGAAGAACAUCCUGGAGAUCAUCCACAAGUUCAACUUGAAUGACUUCCUUAAUAAUGUGAACGAGAGAGGUGAGAACUGCCUUCAUGUGGCGUGUGAUCUGGACAAGGUGGAGUUCAUUCGACCGCUGAUCAACCUUGGCGCUGAUCCGAAUGCCAGGGAUAUCAAUGGGAACACUCCUUUGCACGUGGCUGUGGCCGAGAGACGCCACAUGUGCAUGGCUAGGAUUCUAGAUCGUGCUAAUUACACGUCCAAGAGUAAGGAGCUGAAUAUAAACCUGAGCAACCAUCAAAGCAUGACAGCUCUGCACCUCGCCGUGAAGAACCAAGAUCUUGAGGCAGUGAAGAGACUCGUUGAAGCGAACGCUUCGGUGAAAAUAGCAGAGUAUCGACAUGGAAACAGUAUUCUGCACAUCGCUGUUGUCGAGGGUGCAGUGGAUAUCGUGAGAUUCCUGCUCGUAAAAACACGCAUCAAUGUGAAUCAGACUAACUCCGCAGGAUACACGCCACUGCAAAUGGCCUGCGCCUGCACAGAAAGCGCGGACUCCAAAGCGAUCGUGAAGCUGUUGCUGGAACACAAAGCUGACCCAAUGAUGACCAAUGAGCAUAACAUCAAAAUCUCUCAAGACGAAGAAUUGGCUGCAAUUGAGGAUGAAGCGGACAUGGACAGGGCGAAGAAUUCGUUUGAAUUAGCACAAAACAAGCCGGAAAUUUUGGCAGUGCUACAAGAGUUCCACAAUAUGCCUCUGGUGGAGGUCAAGGAGGAAAUGGUGGACAUAAAAACUGAACCGACGAGCAAAUCUUCUCUCUUGGAUGAUAUUUGCUUAGCGAAGAUAUGUGACAUAUUUAAUGCUAAUGGCUUGUGGAAACAAUUGGCAAUGGUUCUAGAGCAAUCAUCGCAAAUCUCUAUCUGUGAGAGAUCAUCAAAUCCAACUAAGACGCUCUUCAAUGCAAUCGAGAUGCAUGGAAGCUCUUUGGAUGAUCUGAUGACUGCCUUUGACUACUUAAAAGUUGGGAACGCGAUCACAUGUCUAAACGAAAUGAUUGGUCGAAACUACUAUCAAGCUAUGUGA